CUCCCGCCAGCCGUGGCUCGAGCUUUGCACCCGGCGGCGACUGAGAACUGUGUGGCGACUGCGGAGCCAGCAGCGCAGGCGGGCGGAGCAGAGCUGUCCGGCCCGGUGGCGGGCGAUGCCCCCGUGAGUCUCUGUCGCUGCCCCUCCCCGCCCCGCGUCCCUACCCUUUCGGAGUCCGCGCCCGCUUGGGGCCGGGCCGCGCCUACCGCCGGGUCCGCGGGGCGGGGUCCCGGGGCAGCACCUGCCUUGCCUUGCGGCGCCACUCCGCCAGCGGAACCCCGCUCCAGGCGUGGACCCCGGCCCCACCUCGGGACCCUGUCAUCACAUUUCUUCCCCCUGGAAGCCUGCCUGAUUGCCUUUACCUCCUUUUCUGAAAAUUGGUGUCUCAGCAGAAUUGAGGCUUCGUGCUGAUUCCCUGGGGGGCGGAGGGGGGCUGGGCUGUUAAGAGAGCACAGCCCCUUGUGAUGGGAGCACCACACUCAGACUCUGCAGCUUGAAUUGCCUGAAGCCCUGUCAUCCUGGGGACCAUGUUUAACGGGGAGCCUGGUCCAGCCUCGGCUGGGGCCUCCAGGAAUGUAGUAAGGAGCUCCAGCAUCAGCGGUGAGAUCUGUGGAUCCCAGCAAGCCGGAGGUGGGGCCGGGACCACCACAGCCAAGAAACGGCGCAGCAGCCUGGGUGCCAAGAUGGUGGCUAUCGUUGGCUUGACCCAGUGGAGCAAAAGCACACUACAGCUCCCCCAGCCUGAAGGGGCCACUAAGAAGCUUCGCAGCAACGUUCGACGGAGCACAGAGACUGGCAUUGCUGUGGAGAUGCGAAGCCGUGUAACCCGCCAGGGCAGCCGGGAGUCUACCGACGGGAGCACCAACAGCACCAGCUCCGAGGGCACGUUUAUUUUCCCCACACGGCUUGGAGCUGAAAGCCAGUUCAGUGACUUUCUGGAUGGCCUGGGACCAGCCCAGAUUGUGGGGCGUCAGACACUGGCCACACCUCCCAUGGGAGACGUGCACAUUGCCAUGGUGGACCGGAGCGGCCAGCUAGAGGUAGAGGUGAUUGAAGCUCGGGGCCUGACGCCCAAACCAGGCUCCAAAUCCCUCCCAGCCACCUAUAUCAAGGCUUACCUGCUGGAGAACGGGGCUUGUGUAGCCAAGAAAAAGACCAAGCUGGCCAAGAAGACUUGCGAUCCCUUGUUCCAGCAAGCACUGCUCUUUGAUGAGGGGCCCCAAGGCAAGGUUCUGCAGGUGAUCGUCUGGGGAGACUACGGCCGUAUGGACCACAAGUGCUUCAUGGGAAUGGCCCAGAUCAUGCUGGACGAGCUGGACCUGAGCGCCGCAGUCACUGGCUGGUACAAACUCUUCCCCACAUCCUCUGUGGCCGACUCCACACUCGGAUCCCUCACCAGGCGCCUGUCUCAGUCCUCUUUGGAGAGUGCCACCAGCCCCUCGUGCUCCUAAGGACCUCGAUGAGGACAAGAGGCCAGGGGCUCUUGGGGAAUGGGAACCUGCUGGCCCCAUCCCCCACCCCCUGUACAUACUCUCCAUGUCCUUCUGGAUCCCCUACCCUGCUGCAUGCUUGUUGGCCACUGGGCUUGUCCCAGCUGGCAGUGGAGACUGUAGUGUGUGUCCGUGCGUCUGUGUGUGUGUGUGUCCACAUAUCUGUCCGUUUGUCUGUGUACAAUCAGUCCUAGUGAUCAUAUGGACUAUUAAGUCCACAUCUCUGUAUCUCGCUGGAAAGAACCCAAAGGAGCAUCGUACGGACCCUUGGCCCAUGGAGUCUCCAGGGGUGGAAGUAGGGGACGUGGCCACUGGUGGGCCUCACUUAGUCCCUGCCUUGUUGUCUUAUGGUCUCCACUUGCUUUUCUGUCCUGUCUUUUUCUUUGCCUCUCCCAGCAUUGCUGCUCUUUUGAGGAAUGUAGCAUCCAUUGCAGCUGACCACACCUGGUUCCGUCUAGGAAUCUACAUCUCUCCUCCCUACCACGGCCAUGCUGGUGGUCACCCCAUUGAAUGCACUCCACAGCAUGUAGCAUGCUCACUCCGUGCCCUAGCCGGGGCCCCAGGAUAGAGGGUGUCUGGGGAGGAGCUGGCCAGACACACUAGAGGAUGUACUGGGGUCUCUCUUCCCCUGGAGUGUUCUAAAAUGCCAAAGGAGCUCCCAGUGGACCCAGGAGUAGCUGGCCUUCUCAGGCAUCAAGGGUAGCCCUGUCCCCUUUGAGGUCAUUCCUGAAGGAACUGCUUGGUCAGAGGUGCCGUGGGUGGGGCUACUUGCUAAUGGAGGAAAGAGGGCUAAGGUUCAUUUGUUUUGAGCUACUGUCAGGAAACCUGUCUGGCCUGGAAUUCACUGCAUGAAGCUGUUCUUUCAGGGUUCUGCUUUCUUUGCUCAUCCUUAGACACCAGACCCUAUCUGGAGUUCUGACACACCAGGAUUCCAGCUCCCUAGCUCUGUGGGCAGCCUGGCUCUGUACUCCAGGGUGCCUCAGUCACCAGCUCUGUGCCAGCAAUACUCACCCCUCCACCUCCCUGACUUUCAGGAGUGGGCCCCUGCUCUAGGCAGUGGCCUGUACUAGGCAUCCCAGCUGCCUCUGCUUUAUUACCCCUUCCCUUGUCUGGCUGGGGCUCCUCCCACCCACUGAAAACCCGGUCGGAGGGACUAGUGCCUGGGCCGCAUCCCAAGAUGGCUGUUGUGCUUACUAAAGGCUGGCUCUAGAAUGCUGCAUCUGUUCCUCCCCUCCUUAGCUAUAGGGUAGAAUUGGAGGCUGCCUGGGAGAUGGCAAAACAGACCUAGUCCAUGUAUAGUAGGAGGAAGGAGGCAGGUAGGGGAUGGGAAAGACUCUUUGUGCCUCUCUCCUAGCCCAUGCCUCUAGCAUAAGUGCCUAGGCAGGGAGGGCUGAAGAAACCUUGGCCUGUGUGUGAAUCCCAUUUGUACAAAAACUAGGGUGCACAAAGCUGUCCCAGCCUAAAGGGCCUCCCUGUGGUCAAGAGUCCUGCACUCACUUUCAAAGGAAGGCAGUGAAGAAGCCCCUCAUGUAAACUGGGGUGAGGAGGAGAAUACUGAGCAGACUGAGGAUGUGUCUGUGCAGGCAGGGGCGCUGGGGGCCAGUUCCCUUGCCAGCCUUUCUGGCUGGGGAGUGUAUAUGCACCUCCUGUAUCGCUAGAUAUGGGGCAAAGUGCUCUUGGCUUCCAAGCCUUAAUGGGUUGGGGGGCAAGGAGGAAACUCGCUUGCAAAAGGCUGUUUUUGUCUUACUUGAGGUGUGUGCGCCUUUAAAGCAGUCACUGGAAGGUGUGAAAACCUUUUGGAGUGGAAGAGUGUCAGUGAGCCACUGACAACACAGACCUUUGUGGACGUGGCGUUGAGUCACUCCCAGAAGUGGGAGCUGUGGCAGCAGAGAGUGUCCCCAGCCUCUUAGAAGGGUCAGCACAGGGAUGCUCUAGCCAGAGGAGGGACUGAUAUGCUGGGACCUCAUGCUGACCUGCCUACAGUCUGAGGCUGUAAACUACCUAAGAGAUGGGGACUUGGCUGUCCACCUCCCUGGAAGAUAAUCCCCUCCCCAGUUGAUUUUGGGGAAUUCACUCUUUAACACUGAGUAAUCUCUUCUAGAGAUUGCUCAGCCAUGUGGGUUGUGUAAGGCUAGUGUGUACCCGUGACAGGGAGGCUGGGUUUAAAGCUCUGUUUCUCAGCACACUGGAUUCGGGGCUCCAUUGGGAUGCCAUCCCAGAAGCAGGUGUGCCCAAGUGUGACUCUUGCCUGGGAUGGGAGUGAUCUGCCCUUUGAGGAAAGGACAUUGGGUCAGGAAAUAACUGGGUCCUUGUGAGUUCCCUUACCAACAGGCCACCUCACAUAACCCCUUGAUCCAGGUGUCAGUGGUUGCAGGAGUGGGAUUUGGUCAUCCCAUCUCCUCUAAGCAGGCUAGAUCCAUCGGUGACGUGACUGGGACAGAGUGGCCCUGCACUGAUGCUGGGCUGUGGGCAGGGGCAGUGAUAAAUGACUCAGAGCAUGUCUCUGCAUUUCUGCCCUGUCCAGCCUGUCCCACUUUUUAACAGAUCCCCUUCCUACAAGGAAAGCAGAGAUGGGACUCUGACAGGAAGCGUUCUCUAGGAAAUGGGCCAAGUCUUGGUUUGACAGGGACAUUUGAUCCUUUGGGGAAGGACCUGCUCCAAAGGCGCUCUCAUCCUGCCUCUGAACAUCACCUCUUCAGCAGGUCCCGGGCAAUGGCAGCAUGCUCUGGGGUGGAGGCAGGGCUGAGGGAGGCUCCAGAGGCAGGGAUGGUGGUGCCUGGAUGGUUCUGCCCACGGGACUCGGUGCCUGGACCACUGGGGUCAAGAUAACUCUCCCAGGGCCUCAACCCCCAACCAGGGAAGCAUGCCAGCUCGUCCUUUACUGCCAGCCUGGGAGAGACCAGAAGUCUCUGUUUUUGUUUUUGUUUUUGUUUUUGUUUUUGUUUUUGUUUUUGUUUUUGUUUUAAAGACACCUGAGCCCUCCCAGGGCAUUUCUUUGAAAAUGAAAUGUAGCACAAUCCUCAACUGUGUUCCCAGGAACCCUGGCAUACCCAGAGCUCCUGAUACCUCACGUUCUCCAUCGUCCUUGGCCCUCGCAGGGCUGCUCUUCUGUGUUUCUCCGAUUGCUUCCAGCACUGUGCAAACUGUUACGAAGUCGCUUCCUUUGCCCGAGGUUGCUCUCCACUGGGUGGGGAGAUGUGGUACUUCAUGUUGUGGCCUGAAGCUUGUCCAGCAGCAUUUCUGUAGGGGCCACGGGGCAGUGGACAAGAAGAGGCCUGCUCUCCUGCCACCCCCUCUCUCUCCCACCCCUCAGUUGUUGUCUCUAAUGUUCUGACACAUACAGACGUUCUUUUGGACACACCCCCUCUCCUUCGUCGUCUUCUGAUGGAGGGUCAGAGAGGAGGUGGAGAUCCAGACUCCGUCCCUGCCUUCUCCCUCCAGUCUGCUUCUAGCCCCGGUCAGAAGAGUUCAGAAGAGGCUCGGGAGAUCAACCACCAUCAGAGAGCAGGGGAGCCCCAUCCUGUCAGCCUGGCCUGGCUGGGAAAGGGUCAUUUGGAGAGUGCCUGAGCAUCUCGGAGCAACAUCAGCAAUGCCAAAGAGAGCGACUGGGCCUCCGUGGGCAGCUCUGUCGGUGCAGCUAGACCGAACACAGCUCAGAUGGUGGCGUGCCCAAGGGAGGGGCCUUGUUCUCUGACAAAGGGCUUAAUCUUUCCAUGUAGCAAAGCAACUCCCCUCCCCCAACCCUGAGCAUGGGCUUCUGUGGGCCCAGCAUGGCUGUGCCUAUAAGAGAAGCCGUAGAGGCCAGAGACCUUAUCUCCUCCCUGUCUGUCCUAGCAAGUGCUCCUUGAAAAGCCUGUGUUGCUGCUUUGGAGAAACCAGCUCUGGCUGGACACUCGCCAGUAAGGACAGGGCCUUGGACCUGCAAGGAAGUCUAUAUAGAUGCCAGGAAGGGUCCCUGGGCCUGAGAAUUCUAGGGACAACUGAGCAUCUGCCCCAUUAGCCAAUGACCUGGACAGGGAUGGCUGUUCUGUACUAUUUUUUUUCUUAUUUUUUUUUCUUUUUGCCAGAAACUGUGACCGUGUAUGAGCUAUCUUACUGGGCCUCAGUGUCCUCACCUGUGAAAACCAGAGCACUCGCUGGUUGUUCCAUGGUUCUCCAGGCUUUCUAAGUGUAUGGCUUGGAAUUGUGAGGUGGUGAGGGGCCAGUUUCAUCCCCUGGGCCCCCAUGCUGGGAGCCGGUGUUCAUUUGGCCCAUGCCCAGAUGCUGCUCCUGAAAAGCCCAGAUGUGGCUUCACCUCUUUGUGGUUUGCCCUCCUUCUACCACUCUCUCUGAUCUUGGCAAGAAAUAACCAAGGGUUGUCUACGGUGGACAGUUUCCAAGGUGCCGUAAUGUCACCACCUAGGCUGGCUCCUGAGUAGGUCCAGGUCCCCACCAGCAGACAGGCUGGGGCAUCCGUCAUUCUGCUUCCAGAUGACAUCCAGGAAGAGUGGACACUCGAGCCUUCUAAAGGAAUUCUCUCUGAUGGGAUGAGAGAGGGAAUGUCCUUCUAAGUAUUUGGCUUUAUAAAACCACUUCUUCCCAAAUUUCUUCUCCCAAACUUUCUCUCAGAAGGCAAAGUGGCUGCUUCCUCAGGGAAAGCAGACCUGAGACUUCUAGCAGCUCCUAAAGCAAUGCGAACUCACAGAAGGCAGGAACCCCUUUUUUAGAAUUUCCAAAUGCAUCCUGCAAAGAAAGUGAGAGAGAUGGGGGGGGGGUGCCCGUUAGGGACUGACAAGCACACUGUGUAGAUAAGAAGCAAUUAGCCUUUUCUAUUUGCGCUCUCCGCAGCAUCUUUCCAACCCGCGGCUCCUGGGUGGCAGGUGGACAGCUGGGAGGGAAUACUGGCUGCCUCAUGUGAUGUCCUUGCCCAUCCCCCAAGGAGAAAAUUCUUCACAUGGCUUCUGCAUGUACAGUAUUUGGGCAGAAAAAAAAAAUAAAGUCCAUUUGAAAUUGGUCUUAUGUA